CCUCUGUUAAGUUGGUGUCAUCUAAAAACCUACAAACGAAAUAUAUUAAUUAUUUUACUAGUUAAUGGCUGGUUAGCAGUAAAAAGCUGCACAGUCGUCUGAAGAAGAAGAAGAAGAAGAAGAAGAAGAAGAAGAAGAAGAAGAAGAAGAAGAAGAAGAAGAAGAAGGAGAAGAAGUCACAUUAUUAUUAUUAUUAUUAUUUUGCUGAAACCAUUUAAGGAGUUAGAAGUCACGAUGGCUCCACAGAUAAAUGCUCGCUCCGUCUGCCAGCAUGGACUCUGAGAACGAUGUGCCGAUGAAGGAAUACGUGAAGAUGAUGACCGAUAUGAUCGUGCUGUGUGCCACUCUGGCGCUGUCGCUCUUCUUCUGGGUGAUUUCCCUCGUCAUCAGCACCUACUCAGGCACUCUGCAGCCUGUGUCGCCAUGGCGAUGGUUGUUCUCCAUCUUGGUUCCUCUGGUGGUGACGGUCAGAGCGCUGAAGAGACGCAGCCUGGAUCACUCAGGAGCUCUGGGAGCUCUCCUCGUCGGCUUCGUGCUGACGAUGGCCAACUACAGCUUCUUCACCUCUCUGCUGGCCUUCUUCUUCACCUCCUCCAGACUGACCCGCUGGGGAGGAGCGCAGAAGAAGAAAAUAGACCCUGAUUACAAAGAAGGCGGUCAGAGGAAUUGGAUCCAGGUUUUCUGUAACGGAGGCGUUCCCACCGAGCUGGCUCUGCUUUACAUGAUAGAGGUGGGUCCAGGUGAGAUCCCCGUUGACUUCAGUAAGCAGUACUCCGCCUCCUGGAUGUGCCUCUCUCUGCUGGGCGCGCUCGCCUGCAGCACCGGAGACACCUGGGCGUCCGAGGUGGGGCCCGUCCUCAGCCAAUCACAGCCCAGACUCAUCACCACCUGGAAGGAAGUCCCGGCAGGAACAAACGGAGGAGUCACUCCCGUGGGAUUGGUCGCCAGCUUCCUGGGCGGCUUAGCGGUGGGUGCCGUUUACUUCUUGACGCAGCUCCUCCUGGUGGGAGACCUGCACCUGGCCGACCCUCAGUGGCCCAUCAUGCUGUACGGAGGAGUAGCAGGUCUGCUGGGAUCCAUGCUGGACUCGUUCCUCGGAGCUCACCUGCAGUACUCAGGCUUUGACGCCAGCAUCGGUAAGGUUGUGGGUUACGAGUCGGCCACCACUCGGAGGAUUUGUGGGAAACCGAUUCUGGACAAUAACGCCGUGAACCUUUUCUCCUCCGUCCUCGUGGCGCUGAUCCUGCCGGGGCUCGCCUGGGGAAUGUGGCCUCGAUAAGAUCAUCACUCAGUCACUCAGGAUGAAAGAUUUAAAAAGAAAAGAAAAGAAAAGAAAAGGUAUUAUUUGGUCACAGAAGCAUGAUGAAAGUAAAAACACACCUGACUCUGAACAUGAUCCUCAGUUCAAUGUGUUUGAAAGAAAAAAGAAAGAAAAGAAAAGAAGAGUAAAAAAAAUAAAUGCUGACUGAUGAAAGCGAGUGUUUCAUUGCUCUGAUUCAGGGGCGUCAAACAUGAGGCUCGUGGGCCAGAACCGGCCCGCCAAGGGGUCCAAUCCGGCCCUCUUUUAUUCAUGUCUUUUCUUUCCUUCCUUCCCCCGUUCUUUCUCCCUUCCUUCUUUCUUUCCUUCCUCCCCCCUUUCUUUCUCCCUUCCAUCUUUCCUUCAUGUCUUCUUUUCCUUCCUUCCUUCCUUCCUUCC